CUUUCGCGUCUACUCUUUGGAAGGACCCUGGUUACAUCCGGUUCCGUACUGCGCCAUUUUGAUGAAACAGCGAGGAGCGAAGCAGAUUUCAUCACCGAAAUGGAUUUUAUGGAUUUAAUGUGACGAGUCAUCUGGAUAUUACAUUUUUAAUUUUCGAGGUGGAAAAUAACCGCGGACUGACGGGGAACAUCACCGCACUGACGUGGUAGCUGGUGGAUGUUGUUUUAUCGUUCGACUAUAGCUUGGCCAGCGUUGUUAGCAUCGUUAAGCAUUAGCCGUUAGCUUGAGGUAUUUAAUGCUGUGUUGAGUGGCGAGCUAGCGUUAGCUAAUCUCGAGGUAAAGCAUGUUACUCUUGGUGUUAGCUAACUAGCCAACCGAACAGAUACACAGCGGAUUGCCUUCUGUCUGACUUUUUGUGAAGUUCCGUAGUUGUGGAUUUUAACAUCGGUUAAAAAAGGAACUGUGGUUAGAAAGGGACCGUACAACAAAAACUGAUGCCCAGGAAACCCCAGGCCUGCUGCUAGCCACACUAGCGGCUUGCAUCGCGGCAGGCCGGGCUUUCCAACAAGGACAAUUGUCGAUGGACUUUCCCACAUACACAACCAUAUCAUUUAUUUACGAGGACUCUGUUGGAGGUGGGCGCGUCCUGCUCUGUUUUAUUGGACUUUAAGGAACUGAAGAGGCACACGACGCCACUCCAUGGCGCUCUGGCCUCGCAACUGGAUUAUUUUUCUUAGGCAGUAACAUGGACUCUGGCGUCAUCUGCGAGCUGAACCCUUCCCUACUUUAGUCGUCUUCUUUGUUCACUGUGUUUCAGCGAAAUAACAAAGUUUUGCCUAUUAAAGUCACCAGAUUUAGCCUCCUGUGUUCAGUGUUGACGCUGUUUUCUUUUAUUACACCAGGCCUGUUUUUUUUUCUUGUGCUAGAUUGACUUCGUUGCUUAGACCUGUAAAAAUGUCGUGUGUUCACUAUAAGUUUUCCUCCAAACUGGACUACAACACAGUCACUUUCGACGGGCUGCACAUUACUCUCAAUGAGCUUAAGAGGCAGAUUAUGGCCCGGGAACGGCUCAAGGCCACAGACUGCGACCUGCAGAUCACCAAUGCGCAGACUCGAGAAGAAUACACAGAUGAUGAAGCCCACAUUCCAAAACACUCGUCAGUGAUCGUCCGCCGUACUCCAAUUGGUGGAGUAAAACCUGCUGGCAGGACGUUCAUUGUAGAUCGUUCUGACACAGCUGUGGUUGGAUCUUCGAGACCCACUGAUUCUUCUCCUUCACUGUCACUCGCCCAACUUACCAAGACUGCUAAUCUGGUUGAUGCAAAUGCGUCAGAGGAGGACAAGAUUAAGGCCAUGAUGACUCAGUCCAACCAUGAGUAUGACCCAAUAAACUACUCUAAGAAGGCAGUUGGACCUCCACCUGCUCACUACACGUGCUUUCGUUGUGGAAAGGCUGGUCACUAUAUUCGCCAGUGCCCCAUGCUAAUGGUCCAGGAUAAGAGUGUUGAAGGUCCCAAGCCAGUAAGGAUUAGUAAAGGCAUACCUCAGAGUUUCAUGGUGAAAGCAGAGCCAGGCACCAAGGGAGCCAUGUUAACCAGCACUGGAGAAUAUGCUAUACCUGCAAUAGAUGCGGAAGCAUAUGCACUGGGAAAGAAAGAGCGUCCUCCAUUUGUUCCACAUGACCAGUCAUCAUCCGAGGAUGACUCGGACCCAAUCCCUGAUGAAUUAUUGUGUCCAAUCUGCAACGACCUGAUGACAGAUGCCGUAGUUAUACCUUGCUGUGGAAACAGUUACUGUGAUGACUGUAUCCGGACUGCCUUGUUGGACUCAGAGGAGCACAUCUGCUACACAUGCAAACAGUCAGAUGUUUCACCGGAUAAUCUUAUUGCCAAUAAAUUUCUUCGACAGGCUGUAAACAACUUCAAGAAUGAGACUGGCUACACCAAACAUGCUCGCAAGCAGGUCCAGCAUGCAAUACCACCUCCACCACGUCCUCAGUUAGUCAGGCCUCCAAACUCGAGACAGCAGGACCCACUGCUGGCCAAUGUCUCUAAACCUCCAAGUGCACCCACCCGAACCCUUCCACCACAGGUCACUCCUCCUGUGACUGAAACGGCACCUACUUCUGCUGUAACUGCUGCUCCUACACCACCUCAUGCUGCUGCUGUUGUUGAAAGUGAAGCUGCUUCACCAGCCCCUCCACCUGUGAUGGAUCGCCACUCCCCUAUGCACUCUAUCAGCCAGGGUGAACCACCCCCACCAGGUGAGACAGAUCCAGAACCUACUGUGGCAACAGGAUCAUCUGUAACUUCAGAACGUAGAUCACAGGGGUAUCAUGUAACUGUGCUUGGUCACCCACCACCUACAAGGCUGCUCAACCCUCCAGUUAACCAUAUGCGCCCUCACCAUGUUGGCAGAGGCAGACACUGGGAAAGUACCAGGUCUUACAGAGCCAGAGCAGAGCACCCAUCCACUCAUGUCCCGACAGUGCCACCUCCAGCUCCUGCUCCUUCAGUAUACCCAUCUCCCUCUCUUUAUCCACCUCCGCAGCCCUACCCCCCUCCCUACCCAUCAGCCCCUGGCCUUAUUGCCCCUCCUGCCCUCGGUUAUCAACCCCAGCCAAUAUUUGGACCCGGGCCUCCCGGGCUCAACCCUCCUUGGGUUGCCCCCGGAACCCAGCCCCCUCUUGCCACACUCCCACCUUCUCUGGCUCAGCCCCCUCUCUCAAAGGAUGAUUUUUACAGACCGCGGCACAGACAAGACAAAGUUGCAUCCAAAUUGGACGAAUUUACUAAAGAUUUCCACAAAGAACUUAUGAAGUACAGAAAUCCACCAAAGAGACGAAGACCAUCAUAUUCUAGGUCCCGGUCAUUCAGUCGCUCCCCCUUCAGCCGUUCUCCUUACUCUCGCUCUAGAUCAAGGUCUAGAUCAAGAUCAGUAUCCAGAUCUUACUCUUAUUCCCCCAGCAGAUCCCGCUCCCGCUCAAGGUCUCAUGGCCGGCCUUAUCCCCGCUCACCUUAUUCUAGACGGAAUGGUCGUAGUUAUGGACGGUCACGAUCAAGGUCCCGCUCUCGUUCAAGGUCUUAUGGAUAUCGGCGGUCUGGUUCACCACGCUCUCCUUUGUCCUACCGAGGUGGAGCCUGGGAGGGAGCGGAAGGCCCUGCAUCUUACAGAUCUAGGUCACGCUCUCGAUCUCCUGGUGCUUACCGGAGCCGUACACCAAGUGGACGAAAGCUCCCUCCCCGGGAGCUAGCACAUUAUGACAUGAAGACUUCCAGCCCUGGUGGUCAUGAUCGCUGGGACAAAGAAAGGUAUCGACAGUGGGAGUCUGCAGACUGGUUCUACAAAGACUACGACAACCAGCACCCUUCACUUCAUCAAAGAGGCCGUGGCAGCCGAGACAGGGAGAGGGAAAGAAUGUCCCCAUUGUCCAGAGAUUAUUCCCCACAAGGAAGAGGAAGAAGAGGCAAAGAAGACAGAGGUGCUCCACCUCAUCAUCCUCCAUCCUCUUCCUCAUCGGGGACUAAGUCCAGCAAAGUCUUGAAGACAAAAAAGAUAAAAAAGAAGAAAACAGGAGAUGAACCAGAGCCAUCACAUCAGUCGGUGGAUAGAGGAGACGCUACUCCUGUCAGAGAUGAACCAAUGGAUGAAAUCCCUUCACUCACCAAAACGCCGCCUGUUUCCUCUAAGCCUCCAUCCAGCACUACAAGCACUAAAGCCCCAGCCUCUAAAAGCACUGCUGCACCUGGUAAACCCUCAACCAAGUCAACAUCAAAGUCUCAGUCUGAUAAAAUUAAAAAAGAGAAGGGUCAGAAGGGAAAAGCUAAAGUCAAAACGGAGGGUGUGAAAGUAAAGAGCGAAAAGGUAAAGAAAAAGAGUGGUGAAGCAGUUGUGACCAAAAGGAAAGAUUCCUCAUCAAUGGUUGCUAAACCAUUAACUACCAGGACUGUUAAAUCCAAGCCAGAAGAUGCCCUCAACUCCACAACCCCCAAGAAGGACAAGAGUAAAACCUCUGCAGUUAAACCUGCCCUACUCAAAACCCCUCCGCCUCCCUCCCAAAACCUGCCCCUGCCUCAUUCUUCUCUUCAUGAGGGUUCUCGAGCUGGCCAAGACAUUCGGGGGAGAAGAGAUCUCCUGCAGGGUGGUGGUCUCCUUCCUGUCCCUCAUCCACAUGGGCUGCCACCCUUCCACCGACCUCCCUCCCCAGUGGAGAGUCGGAGGAGGAUUGGAGAGGAGGGCCGAUCUUUACUUGGACCUCCUCCUGGAAAGCUGAGGAGGCUUGAUGGGCUAAUGGGUGGUCCUGACAUGAUGCCCCACUCUCACAUAUCUCACCCGCACCUGAUACACAGACUCCCUCCUCCCACAGACAGACCUGGUCUUCUUCCCAUACCAGGAAGCCGAGACAUGGCCAGAGGUGACACAGAUAGAGGAUCUAUUAGACCUCUAAUGGACCUUCAGGUAAAGCCACUAAGGAAGAUCAAGUUGAACAGAGACCUGGGAAGAAAAAGCAGCACUGAGACAGCUGCCUCUGAUAGAACUCCAUUGGGUCCCGAGAAGAUGGUACCCUCAGAACGAUCAGCUACUGCUACCAAAGAAGGAGACAGACCAAGUAGUACCCCAGAAGGAGCUAGAGGAAAGGAGCGAUCUGCGUCUGCAGAGAGAGGAGUAUCCAGAGAAAGACCAGGAAGUGCUGGAGAGAGACUGCAGGGCACAGACAGAGAGCAGGACAGAAGCUCUGGACCGGACAGAGCUACAGACAGAGAGCAGGACAGAGGCUCUGGACUGGACAGAGAAAGAGACAGGACCGCUGACCGAGAGAGAGACAGGACCGCUGACCGAGAGAGAGACAGGACCGCUGACCGAGAGAGAGACAGGACCGCUGACCGAGAGAGGGACAGGACCGCUGACCGAGAGAGGGACAGGAUCGCUGACCGAGAGAGGGACAGGAUCGCUGACCGAGAGAGGGACAGGACCGCGGACCGAGAGAGGGACAGGACCGGUGAACGAGAGAGGGACAGGACCGCUGAACGAGAGAGGGACAGGACCGCUGAACGAGAGAGGGACAGGACCGCUGAACGAGAGAGGGACAGGACCGCUGAACGAGAGAGGGACAGGACCGCGGACCGAGAGAGGGACAGGACCGCGGACCGAGAGAGGGACAGGACCGCGGACCGAGAGAGGGACAGAGGUCUGGGGUCUGACAGAGACAAAGGUCUGGGGUCUGACAGAGAGAAGGAAAAAGUGUCAGGGUCCCAGAAGGGAGCAGGUGCAGUGGAAAGAGAGACUGAGGGAGAAAGGUGUAUGAGGACAGAACGCAAAAACUCCAGUGGUGGAAGUGGAAGAUCUGUCUCUCUCGAUAAAAUGACUAUUGGAGAAAAAUCGGCUAGGAGACAGGUCGAUCAUCAAGACAAACCAAGCGGAUCUAAGGAAAGGGGAGACGUGGCAGAACAAGUUUCUAAAUCUGACAGGAGUGUGUCCAAGGACAGAACAGAGCGGAGCAUGCCCUCAGGAGAGAAACCAGCUGCUGCUCACAGAGAAGCUAAAGGUGGUGAUGAAGCUGCUGCUAUGAAGAGCAAACCAAAGAUCAGCAGAAAGGCUCUGACAAGCCACACUAUGAGCUCUACUAGGUCAACUCAGGACACAAAGAGGGACUCAGAAAGAGAUUCAAAGAGUGCGUCUUCAAAACCUGCCACGCAGUGUUCACCUAGCUUUGUCAAGAGCCCUGCCCGGACCCCCAGUGUGAGCCCCGAACCCAGUCCGAUCAGCGAGGAGCCGCUCAUUCAGCCACCUCCUCGGUCCAAGUGGGAGAGAGAAGACGAUGAAGAGGGACAGGAAAAUGGCUCCGUUGCAUCCAAAGAACCCUCACCUGUGCCUCAAAAGAGCCGAGGCAGGGAGGGGCAGACCGAAGCUCCCAGGCUUGUUAGGAGUGAAGGUCGAGAUGCCACAAAAGAAGAUAGGAAAGGAGCCGUGAAGGAGGACAAAAAAGGGAGAGCACAGAGGGACGACAGUAAGGGCAGCAGAUCAACACACACAAAUUCUGACAAACAGGCCAAAAGUAAAACUAUGAGAGAGGAUGGAAGAGGGGUGACAGGGAAAGAGGAAAGAGCAACAGAGGGCAGAGGUGGAGGAGCAAGAGAGGAGAAUCGAGGCCCAGAGCCCAGGAGACAGCGUUUGUGUUCUGACCUGGGUCGUGAGACAGACGAGGCCGCCUUCGUCCCUGACUACAGCGAAGGCGAAGGCUCGGAGCCAGAGAGAGGAAGGAGUGGCAGCGCCAGCCCGUCUCUGAGUCACCCCUCUGACAGCCCCACUCCAAGCAACCACAGCGGCUCAGCAACAACCACAACGGACAAGAAGAAGAAGAAACACAAGAAACAUAAAAAACACAAGAAGCACAAGAAGCACGGCAGCCAGGACAAAGAGGGCGAACACAAGGAGCACAAGCAUAAACACAAGAAGAAGAAACACAAAAAGAGCAAAGACAAGGACGCGGAGGAAGAGGAGAAAACCGAGAAAGCAGAAGAGGAGACUCCGUGCUAACAAGCAAAACUAGGCCUACAGGUUAACAUCUGCAUGUACCGCUCAAAGCGAGUAGAAGAUGUCUUUGACUGUUCACGGCACUGACAGAGGGCCAGUAGUCUAACAAAUAAUACUGCAACCUCCGCAGAACGUUGUCAUGUCUGGAUGCUGCAAUAGCCGCUUUACCGAGAUGUCUUGUGAAAUGUGGACCCUUUGUGAUGACAAGAAAACAGGAGUGGUGGUCAUAAGAUGAUAGAAUCUAAAAGUUAGAAAUAACAAACUGUACUCAGGGAUGCCAUGACUUCUUUGUACAGGAGAAAUAGCAGCUUUUCUGCCUCUGAUUAAUCUGUAAAUAGAGAUCAACUGUUGCUUCACAUAAGUUACUUUUGCUCACAAACCUGUGUGCUGUUCAAGGUGUAAAGGGUGAAUAACUGUCAUUUGCUAUCAGGGCUGUUGUAGGCUCUUCGAAGGACUGUACUAGCAGUUUCGCCUGAUUUAAUACAUGAACUGCAUUUUAGUCAGGGUUGUACAAUACCGGUACUGAUUUUUUUUGUGCAAAUUACUAAAGUGUAAAUAAAGAAGAGCAGUGUUCUUGGAUAGGUUACUUAUUCAACAAAUUCUUCUUACCGCAGUUAACAUGGAAAAUCCAGUAUCUACCGAAAAUAUUAUAACACUCUUGGGAAAUGAUCAGCAAAGCUUUAGUAAUUAUUGAGCUAAAACAAUUAUUACUGUAGUCCAUGAUGUUGGAGCAGAGUGACAGGCUACACUGGAUUGUAUAAAUCUUGCAUUUGUGUAUUAAUAAUGGAAAAUCAAUCUGCAUGUUUUGUUAUAAAGGUGCAGUAGUUGUCUGAGUUUGAUGGACUGAAUGUGUGUAUGAGUUAAAUGUGACAAACAGGUCGAAUUCAAAGACUGGUGUCCUCCUUUUUUUUUUUAAAUAAAAUUUCAACUUCAUAUAAA